CUCUACAAGCCUUUAUCGAUCGUAGAUGUCUCCCGACCGUGCUGCGGUCGGUCCAUCGGCUCGUUUCACUCGCGUUAGCAGCGCUCCGUGCGACCUGGCAACACGCGCCGCGCCGCUUCGCUCUCCCCACCACUCCCGCUCCCUCCCGCCUACCCGUCGUCAGCGUCGCUCGUCCUUUCUCUCUCUUUCGCCUUCUGGCGCGUGUUACCAAGCGCAAGGAGAGAGAGGAUUCCUCCUCCCUCGGAGAGGACUUUCGGCGCAGCUUGGCGUAGCAGCUGCGGCCGAGAACCGUUACGGGACAACCGCGCGAUUACGAAAUCGCGAGGAGUCUCUCGGAUCGGCAGAUAUCAAGAAUAUGAUUAAUCUAAUGGCUAAAACAAAAGGAGACAAUAGUGACCCCAGUCAGCAAAAUGUAAAAUCUCUGCAGACUGACAGUAUAAGUCGAGCAGAACCUCAAUCCUGUCUCCUCAGGUUGUUUUUGGCUGCCGGGAAUUGAAUUCGCUUAAUUAGAUGUAACGUGAGAAACGGAUAUCGUUUCACUUGUGAUUUAUAUCAUUUAAUCAUUUUUAAUCGCCAUUCACGGAAUACGUUCUAUCUCAAUCCCAUCGAUCGGAUGCGCGCGUUGAGAAUAAAUGUGAUAACUGGUAAAUAAAUCAUAAAUCGAUAAAACAUUGAGUAGAAUGAAGAUAAAAGAAUUCACAUAAAUUAUCGAUAAAUCAAUCUACAAGUAUCCUCCAGUUUAAGAAGGAUAUGUACCAUGCAAUUAUGAAUUUACAAUAACACGCGCGAUAUAACGCUAAUCAUUUAUUUUAUUCCUCAUGCGUUCGCUGAUAUGCAAAAGAAACAUCGCCCGGUUUAAGUCUGAACGAUCGUUAAAAAUGUUAAGCUGCGCGAUACAUAUUCAUACAUAGUGAGGAAAAAGAAAAAAAAAGAGAUCGCCCAAUUAUAUACGCGUUCGGUGUGACGACGUGACAUGCGUGGCGGCACGACAUUGGUCUAUUUGACUGUAGCGCGUUUCACGCAAUUAUAUGCAUAAACCUUAAACACUUUGCAUUUGUAUUGUAUUGAUAUGAUACGAAUAUAUGAAUAGGCGCGUUCACUUCACACCCGCGUCAGCAGUAUUUUGCUCAUUUGACGUUUUGAUAAACAAGGAUGAGGUAAUUCCCCGGAAGGUUAAGUUGAACGCAACCGUAUGUAUCAUGUGUAAAAUUCGUAGAAGAAGACGGGUGUGACAGACAUCGUGUUGCUUUCGAUAUUACGAUUCUACGAAGUCUAUCAGUACAGAAAUUUUUUUUGUGUGGAGGAGUUAACCAAUCAGUCGGCGACUGACACGAUAGAUUGAUGACUGUCUGGUUAGCUGGAGCA